AUGGAAAAAAAUGCAAAUCUUAUUUCAAGAUGUUCAUUCUCUUUUCUUUUUUUUACCUCUCUUUCAUUCUCUUUUCCUUUCUUCCUUUCCUAUCAUCCUCUUUUCUUUUCUUCCACUCUUUCUUUUCUUUCUUCUUUUCUUCCUCUUCUUUCCUUCUCUUUUCCUUUCUUCCUUUCCUAUCAUCCUCUUUUCUUUUCUUCCACUCUUUCUUUUCUUUCUUCUUUUCUUCCUCUUCUUUCAUUCUCUUUUUCUCUCUUCCUCUCCUGUAAUCUUUUUUCUUUUCUUCCACUUUUUAUUUUCUCUCAUUUUCUUUUCUUCCUCUCUUUCUUUUCUUUCAUUCCCUUCCUCUCAUUUCAUUUUCUUUUUCUCUCUUCCUCUCCUGUCAUAUUCUUUUCUUUCUCUUUCUUUUCUCUCAUUUUUUUUCUUCUCCUUUCUUUUCUCUCAUUCUCCUUUCUUCACUUCCUCUCUUCCUCUUCUUUCAUUUUCUUCUCUUCCUCUCUUUCUUUUCUCUCAUUUUCUUUUUCUCCUCCUUCUUUUCUUUCAUUCUCUUUUUCCCCCAGAACUCCUUGUUUUUUUUAUUUUUCACAACUUUGUUUUGAGCGGCAAAGACCCUGA